UGUCUCUCAUGAGAUCCUUGACAGACCAACAUCGUGGGAAUGCCGAAAUCAUCAAUUUAGACGACAAUGCGAAUAGUCAUUGUAAGAUCCAUUUUGAAUGUUUUGUGUGUUGGUGAAAAUCCCUCCAUGUAUAUACUUGUACUUUGUUCCUAUUGAUCCCCUUAGUUGUACAUUGUUGUCUUUUAAUUACAAUUGAAUUGUUAAUACCUGUAUUUUUUUAUUAUAGUUUUUGUUUUUCUUACGCAUUCACUAAGUUUGUGUUUCUUCCUGAACUGCAUCUGUGUUGUUUUACUUGACACUUGUUCUUGGCGGUAGCCAUAUUGAUUUGCUCCUCCUUUUGUGUGUGUUCUAUCCAGUCAGGAUAGAAUAACGUUCAUUUGUUGUGACUGAUUUGAUUGAUUGAACAAUUAUUGGUUGAAUAGCCGGGUGGUAAUAUUUGUUUAGGUAACGAUUUACAUUUAAAUUUAUGAUGAAUUAUAGAACCGCUAUUUACCCGAUUACUUGUUUUGAUUUCUACGGGAAAGGGCGCGUAUCUAACGUCCCCGGUCGGCUAUUCUUCAACAUCCAAAACGUAGUUUGGAUUUUACAGUUCUAAACAAUUAUUACUUGGCCGAAAUCCUUUGGCAAUCGUUCGCGGACUUGAUUAUCGUUUCUGGAAAUAUUUGUUCGUUUCGUUUAUAAUGCCAACUAAUCGUCGAAGGAAAUCAAGCUCAAAGUUCGUUGAUGUUAAUGAAGAAUCCCCUAUUACCAAGCAAGUGCCUUUUGAUGUCCUUAAGUGUCAUGGUUCAGACUCGAAUAGGGUUGAUUAUCAUGGUAGUGACUCUAGUCUUAAUUCGAUGACAGAUGACGUAAAAAAUCUUAGUUUAAGGGAGAAGCAAAGGCUUGAAUUACCAGGAAAGAGCGUUUUGCCUAUAGCGCCUGUUGUUGGUCUAGAACUAUCAAAGGUUGAAUUGAGUUAUUUCGAUGGACAGGCAAUUUGAGACCUAUGUAGCAUCAAGAGUCACUGAUGAUAGCCAACGCUUGCUCUAUUUAAUUCACUAUUGUAAGGGCAAGGCGAAAAUAGCUAUUGAGGGUUGUGUCAU